AUGGCUCAGCGUUCCGUCAAGAGCAUUCAGCUGGUCAGACGAUCUUAUGCAGCUGCAGCGGAGAGCAUGAAAGUGCAACCAGUGGCAUCAGUUAUGAAGAAAGAAACAGAUUUGAGGGAUGAAAUUUCGGCAGAGAAGGAAACGUUUUGGAUGAAAGAUCCGAAGACCGGCAACUGGAUUCCAGAGAAUCAUUUUGACGACAUUGAUGUUGCAGAGCUAAGGAAGAAAGUUCUUCCAAAGAACAGAACUGGUGAAACUUUACUUGAAAAGAAUAAUUAGCCUGCUAAGACUUUUAAGUUAUAAGCCAUAGUCAUAGCUUUGGCUGAUAAUGUUUAGUAUUGGAGCUCUUGCUGAUAAUUUCUGUUACUAUUGACUCAUAAUAAAUUUACAUGAGUUCCAGUUGCCGAUGCUAGUUUUGCGAUGCAAUGAGUCCCAUUACGUUUAGAAAUCUUGAUAAUCUAUGGUAAAUUCGCAUAAUGCAGU